CCGCUGUUGUCAAGUUUUCGGGUCCAGUGACAGAAGUUGGCAGCGCGUCCACGACACUAGCUUGACUGCACAGCUACGCUAAAUUACUGUUAAUCUGGGCCGGGGAGCUAUGGCGGAGCUGUCGUUUGUGAUUUCGAUCUGUGUAAUGACCGUGUUUUGGGGCAUUGUUGGAGGAGUGCUGCCGUUCUUUAUCCCUAAAGGACCGAAUCGGGGAGUUAUUGUGACCAUGCUGAUACUAACUGCAGUUUGCUGCUACCUGUUCUGGCUGAUUGCUAUUCUGGCACAGCUGAACCCGUUGUUCGGGCCAGUGCUGAGCAAUGACACCAUCUUGUACCUGCAUUAUCACUGGGGUUAGUCUGCGCUCAUGGUCCUAGUUACUGCAAGAGCAGACGCUUGUACAAUGCCAAAAAGCUAAAAUCUUAAUUUUCUCACAAAGGGAACAUUUCUCAUUCCUGAGGCCUUAUGUAUAGUUCUGACUGUAAUAAUGAAACCUUAUUGCUUACAUAUGUAAGACACACUGACGUACAGAUAUGUGGUCAUCUUGUGAAGGAAGUAAUGAGCAAAUGGUAGUUGAGGCUUUUGUCUUGUACACUGAAUGAUACAUUUACAUUGUGAUUGUGUGAUGCGUUUCCUUGUCCUUACAUUUGUAUUUAUGUACCCGAGUGCCUAUAAAUAAAGAUUUGGAGAUGAAAA